GAUAUUGUAGAGGUACCAAAUUGUGUUGGUGAUUUAAAACAUCUUAGAUAUCUCAAUUUCUCGUACACUCAUAUCACAAGGCUACCCGAUUCAAUUGUCGGCUUGUGCAAAUUACAAGCUUUGAUCUUAAGAGGAUGUCAAAACCUUUCAAAGUUGCCUCAAGGUAUCACAAAAUUGGUCAGCUUACGGUUUCUUGAUAUUAGAGAUACGGGAAGUCUCAAAGAGAUGCCGUUUGGUAUUGGUAAUUUAAAGAACCUUAUUAUCUUGUCGAAGUUUGUGGUAGGAUCACGUAAAGGGUCGCGGUUGGAGGAGCUAAACAGCUUGCCACAUCUUCAAGGAGAAUUAUUCAUAUCAGAAUUGCAAAAAGUGGAAGAAGUUAGAGAUGUAGUUGAUGCUAAUUUGCUUCAAAAGCAAGGCCUUACGAACUUAUCCUUGCAUUGGGAUGAACAUUUGGAAAAUCUCCAAAAUCAUGAGCUCGAAGCACAAGUGCUCGAGUCUUUGCAACCUCACAUUAAUCUUGAAAAUCUCAAUAUUUCGAACUAUGGUGGUGCAAUAUUCUCUUCAUGGUUAGGUGGUCCAUCCUAUACUAAAACAGUGUCUUUGUGCUUGCGGGGCUGUCCUAAUGCUAUAUUGCUGCCCCCACUUGGACAACUACCUUCACUUAAAGAAUUAUCUCUUGAAGGUCUACAUGCUGUAAGAAUGAUAGGCUCUGAAUUUUACGGAAGUAAAAGGCCUUUCUCAUCCUUGAGAACUUUAAAGUUGAAAGAGAUGUUGACAUGGAAGACUUGGUUUCCUUAUGUCGGGGGUCCAAAAGAAGAAGUCGCAUUCCCCUGCCUUCAACAACUUGUUGUUCGAAGUUGUCCUUCAUUGAUCGGGACAUUGCCUUGUCAGCUUGAUUGUCUCAUAAAACUUGAAAUCCAUUCGUGCCGGCAUUUGAAUAACUCAAUUAGUGAGGUUUGUCUUCCUUCUCUCCGUGAGUUAUACCUUGAGGAUUGUAACGAGGGGGUCUUAAAGUUUUUGGUCAACCCGACUUCUUUGACCAUUCUUGGAAUUCAAAAUCUUGCCGAGCUUGUUUGCUUUGAUCAAGGGUAUAUGAGGUGCUUGGUCAAGCUGAAGGAGCUUCAUAUAGGACGCUGUGACAAGCUAACAUACUUAUGGCAAGAUGGAAAUGAAAUACUAAACCUUACUUGCCUCCAGAAAUUAGCCAUCGAAAGCUGUCCUCUAUUCACAUCUUUUGUGGCAGGAGAUGGAGAAAUAGAGCUGCCGUGCAGCUUUGAAAGGAUGGAAUUGAGUAAUUGCACGAGUUUAGAAAAGCUUCCAAGCAAGUGGCACACAUUUAAACAUUUGAUAAUUAGGAAGUGUCCAAAAAUCACGGGACUAACCAUUCCUCUGGAUGACCCCAGCAGCAAUAACCCGUUAUCUCAACUUGAAUAUCUUCGGAUUAUCGAUUGCGAUUCUCUGACAUCCUUUCCGCUUGCCAAGGGAAGCCUUGAUGCUCUGAAGACACUUUGUAUUGGCGAGUGCGAGGGAGUGGAGUCAAUGAAAGAGAUCACCGUAGAAUCGCUCGAAGAAAUGACAAUCGAUAGCUGUGUGAAUCUGGGAAGCCUACCACAGUGCCUUCACACGCUUUUCCAUCUCACUCGUUUGGAGAUAAGUGGCUGUCCAGCAUUGGAGAUAGAGGAGGACUUCCCUCCCCUUCCCAUCACCCUCUCAUCUUUCUAUCUUAUGAAUUGUCCGAAGAUAAAGUGUCUACCAAAUCAGUGGCAUCAUCUUACCUUCCUCCACGCGCUAUGGAUUAUCAAUUGCCCAAAUAUCGAAUGCUUCCCCAAAGGAGGUUUCCCUCCCAAUUUGCGGGAACUUGACAUUUCAGGGUGCGAGAAUGUGAAGCAGGCAGUGAGAGAAUGGGGCUUACCCCUCCUCACCUCCCUCCAGACUCUGAUGAUUGACUUUGGAAGGAGCAUGGGUGGAGGGGAGGGAGACAAUGUGUGCUUUCCUUCUUCGAAGGAGGAGGAGGAUGCGUGGAGUCUUCUCUUCCCUUCCUCUCUAACCGAACUUGAGAUAACAAAUAUGAGGAAGGUGGAAAGACUAUCAAGCGGUCUUCACAACCAUCUCUCCUCUCUCACACGUUUAGCGAUUUACGAUUGCCCAAAGUUGAGGUACUUGCCAGAGGAUGGCCUCCCUCCCUCCCUCCCUCCGAUGUCUGGAGAUAGGUGGAUGCUCAAAGAAUCUGGAAGAAGGAUGCUCAAAACUCACUGGCCACUAUUGGCCCCUCAUCCAAGACAUCCCCAGCAUCUACAUUGAUUGACAUCAAUGACGCCCGAUCCUUAUUCUCCGUGGACUGCUGUUUUCUUCCUCAGGCAGUGAGAGAAUGGGGCUUACCCCUCCUCACCUCCCUCGAGACUCUGGAAAUCGACUUUGGAAGGAGCAUGGGUGGAGGGGAGGGAGACAAUGUGUGCUUUCCUUCUUCCAAGGAGGAGGAGGAUGCGUGGACUCUUCUCUUCCCUUCCUCUCUUACCUCUCUUGAGAUAAGAAAUAUGAGGAAGGUGGAAAGACUAUCAAGCGGUCUUCGCAACCAUCUCUCCUCUCUCCAACAUUUAACAAUUUCGUU